AUGGAGUCAUCCGAGGACGACUUUGGUGCAUCCGUCAGUGCACUAGCCCUCAGCAAGGUUGGGUUAGGCCCUCGGCCGGGAACCAAAGAAGACAACUUUUACACGCCGCGUAACGAAGACUUCUACUCAAAGUAUAAAUACUGUCCCUUGGGCAGUAAGAGACCUACUAUUCGUCUCCUCAAGGUCUACCCUAAGAGAAAAACCCUUGCUCAGCAUAUGGAUGACCACCCUGACUGGAAAACCAGCAGCUGCGACCCAGCACCUGUUAGCUUCUCAUCACUCAAUCCCUCUUCAGUCCAAAAUGCCUCAUCUAGUGAGGAACUACUGGCCUGCGACGUGCUUGACGGAGUGUCGCUCUCCGCGUCCACAGGGCGGUACCUAGUUCUCUCGUACGCAGCAGGCGACCCCCAAAACACGGCGAGGAUCUUAGUCGGGGGACAUAUCUUCAAUGCCUUCGCGCAGCUCAUCCACGCCUUCAAGUGUGCUGUGGACUACUGGGAUAAACAGAAUGGUUGUCGAGAUGGAUACUUCUUAUUCUGGGUUGACCAAAUCUGCAUCAAUCAGUCGGAUGAAGUCGAGAGAGGCCAUCAGGUCAUGAUGAUGCGCGAUAUUUAUUCCCGUGGCGCUACGACUCUUGUCUGCCUCUCGACCGCCGAUCAAGAAAAACCGGCUAGGCCGUUCUCGGGUUCCAAUACGCAAACACAAGAGUUCGGAAAAAAGGCCGGACUAUGGGGCCCAACAGAGACUGAAAAACCGAACCCUGGAUUAGGGUGGCUCACAAACGGGCCACCUCAAAGUUCUACAGGGCUUGUCGACGUUUUCUGGAAAGAUUGCUACGAUAGAGGGCCUCGUCCCGAGACUCUCACAUCUUUUGUGGCUUUUCUUCUAUCUCCUUGGUGGACACGGUCGUGGGUAUACCAGGAGUUCGUCUGUUCCCCCAAAGUCCAUUUUGUAUUUGCAGACUAUGGCGCUCCUUGGGAGACUAUAUCGUCAUGUUUGACCCCAGACCCUGGUUCUUGGUACAAUGUGUGGAAAAGUCGCCUCACAGGCAAGGAUCACCAGGAUAUCGUGCGCGCCAAGAAUGAACAAUUUGAUCAGCAGCACGCGCAGCAGAAUGCCGAGGAAGGUGAGCAAGAGCCAGGGCGUGGUACAACCAUUCUCAGUUUCGAAGAAAAGGUGAAAAAGCAAGUUGAUUCUCUUAUAGAGAACCUCACCGCUCCGGAUGUGGAAAAGUCGAUACGCACCGUGACGGCCAUGAUGAACGGCCGUUCGAAGCAUGAGAGUCAAGUAGGAGACUUGCGCGUUCUUCUCCGACACGCGCGAAACUUCCAAGCAUCGGACACAAGAGAUAAAAUAUACGCAUUUGUUGGGCUUGCACGGGACGACUAUGGCUUUGAGCCCAGCUAUUCACAGGAGAAUACGGCUGUACACGUCCACUCAGACGCGGCACGGAGAAUCGUCGAGAUUGACGAAGAUCUAAACUACGUUCUGGAGCAAGCAUUUGUCGGCAGACGUGACCUGGGCUUCUUUCUUCCUUCAUGGGUCCCAGACUGGAACUGCAGCGAGGAUAGGGGCAUAUUGUUGGAGCUUAAAAGCCUCCCCAACGGGGCCAGUGAAUCGCCCGGAUCUUUAGCACUACUAACAGAUUGGCCAGUUGAGGAACCGGAUCCCUAUUCCCAAAGGACCAAGCACAAAGGCCUUAGUUUGCAAGUGACCGGUAGACAUGUCGCGACAAUCCCCCGAGGAUCCCACGAAAUUUCUCCAAACUUGCAACAGUUCGAAACUGAUUCGGGCCUGGUGAUUUACGCUCCCAGCACGGCGCGACCGAAAGAUGAGAUAUGGUCGCUUUCUGGAUGCGAGUGGCUAGUGUUCUUACGGAACGAGGGGAAAGAUAAGUACUGCUUUGGCGGCUUUGUUGUUGUCCAUGGGCUCGAGGAGAAGUCAACUUUUAAGAAAGAGACGAGGCGAGUUUUUCUAAUUUAA